GGUACAGUUUCUACUUAGAACUAAUGGAGCAGCUUAAAUUGAUUCGAUUUUGUACAGAGAUUGAGUAAAAAAAGUUCAAGAAAAUGGCAAGGAGAAAACGUAACCUACCUGGUUUGGCGAUUGGUGGUGCUGCGGCAGCGUGGACUGCACAAUUACGGCUUAGUACGCAUACUAAAUACAAACCUCAUCUUCUUCUAUUCAAUCGUAGUUGCCUCAUUCAUCAUGAUCCCGAUUGUGGUCAACAUAGCUCCUCAUCUCAAUUUCUUCUCCUUUUUAAUCUUGCCUCCUCAUCAUUUGCCUAGCCCUAAAGUUUGCACGGUUACGGGGCAGAAGUAUCCUUCAGACUCCUCCUCGUGAGGGUGCACUUGCAAUCGAUGUGGUUUGCUGCAAUGGCAAUGCAGGCGCUCAGUCGCCGCCUGCUAUUAUGUUGACUCACAACAAUGUUACUUGUUACUAUUCAAGAGUGACUAGAUUGUCUGUUGAUAUUUCAAUGUGGCAGCCUACAAGCUCUUGGCACUUUUCUCUAACUUACCAGUUACUAGAUGACCUUUAGAUUGAAGACACAACAACAGGUCACUUCCAUUUCGUGAGUCGUCAAGAAUGCCAAAUAGAAUAUCAAUAUGAAGAGCCCUAAGAUUAACGAAAACGGGAACAUUUCUCCGGCAACACCAACAGAUAACAACAUGUCACAGACAGGUUUUCUACGUGGUACACAUGCUAGGUUGAGAGAGGGACGAGAGGCUGCAGCUACCACUUCUCAGACACAAGAAGGCGGCAGAGAUUCUCCAACUACUAGAUCUACCGGAGAUGCACCAGCGGGGAAAGGCAAGGUCCAGGAUGGCAGAGUCCUAGAAGCUCGGCGUGGUAAAACAACUGCAGCUCCGUCAGCAGCUACUCCUCACGAAGGUGAUGAUGCUGAUUUUCUAGCUACUCAGAAUCAAAUACAAGGAGAUACUAGAAGAGAUGCCGAAGCUGAUGAUCAUGAAGAAGAUCAACAUACUGAUAGACCACCGGAAGACGAAGAAGGAGAACAAAUAAGACAACCCAAUCGCAGUCCCAAACGCGAAGGCCGCCGCGAGGAGGAGGUUGCAACUGAGAACGCUGUCCAAGAAAGUGAGCAUCCAGUACAUGAGGCUAAGGACGCUAGCGCCCCAAAUCUCCCUGUCGAUGCAACUACUACCACUCGUCCAGGUGGAACUGAAAGAAAAAAGGAGGAUGCCAGUGCCGCACCU